AUGAGCUCGCUCAACAACAGUCGAGCGCAGUUCAGCAACAGCAGUCGGCAGCUGAACCCUCCUCAUCCGACACUCACGCCAAAUGUCAGGGCAUCGAUGGCUCGCCGUGCCGACCCACAUGACGAAAGUGCGAUGCCGCUGAAUGGCACCAUGCAGGGCUCCUACCCACGACAAACACUGCCGCCGCCCCUACCCCCGGUGCACCGCGGCUCGGCAGCCGCCACCGCAGCCGAGGACCCGGCCGCAUUUUCUCCCCCGAGCGCCAUGGCCCUCAGUGGCAGCACCCCCGCUCUACCGUCUCCAGCUCAAGCAAGUCGUAUUUCGUCGGCGAAAGGCGGCCGGCAGCAGCAACCGGAGCUGCAGCCGGCGACGCCGAUAGUGUCUGCUCGUAGCGCUACACCAGAACCACAGAACACGACCACAAACGCCGCUUCCAGACCACUGCGUCCUCCAACAAUCCCUCAGAGCCGCAGCAGUGCCAGCACACCAGCACCACCCCAAUCUCCGUCCCUCCCGUUGAGGGGCGUGGCAGCGGCAGCAUCUCUGUCGCGAGGGGGGCCUGGCACCGUGCAAUCCCGCAAGACCUCCUCUGCCGCGCGCAGCAGCAGCAGCCUCGGCGCCUCCACUCGCGCGAGCGAGCGGAGCGACAGGGUGGAGGAGCUGAUGGAAAUCCCCCUGGCUGGCACGCAGCCCAUCGAAAAAUUUUUCAUAGAGUACAAUAGCGCCGCGGCAGCGCACGACGACGAUGGCCAGCCACGGAAUGAUAAUGAAGUGCUGCUGGAGCAGUUUGCCGAAUACACCAACGACGAUUCCUUUUUUUCGUCGAGCGACACGGUCAUCGAGUGCGACCCGCAGCGCUUGUGCAAGGACCCACUUCGUCACCGUGCAAUCGUGUCGGUGCACAGCACGCUGCAGUUGCGUGCGCUCACCAACGGUCGGGUGCCGGAAGACACCGUGUGGAACAACGUCACCCGCACCUCGUGGCUGUAUCAGAUCCACAACCGUGCUAUUGCGCUGCAGUACAGCUCUUUCUUUAUCUUUCCUGCUCGCUGGACCCCGCGGGUGAUGGUGUACAAUGUCAUGCAUCACUGGCUGAUGGAGGUAUUCAUCUUCCUCAUGAUCCUCGGCUACGCCAUCUUCCAGGCGACGUGGGCCCGUUACCCCGUCCCACAUGGAGGCAUUCACAAGCCAGACUACAUUCUCUGGGCUGACGUGUUUUACACAUGCCUACUGGGCUUCGAGAUCCUCGCGCGCCUUUUCGCAAGCGGCUGCGUUCUGCAUAAGCGCGCUUUCUUCCGCUCCCCGUGGCGCUGGCUCGACAUGGCUGUGCUCGUGCUGAGCAUAAUGGAGUGCACAUGGUGGCAGGACCUUUGGAACUUCACGGCGUGGCGACUAAUCCGCGCCAUCAAGUGCCUCACAUAUGUGCCCGCCCCAGUGCGCAUGAAGCUGCUCGCCAAGUCGCUCCUGCGCUCCACGAACCGGCUUAUCUACGUGACCAUUUUGCUCACGUACUUCAUUUUCUUCUUUGGAUUGCUGGGGCUGCAGCUGUUUGGUGGCACGCUGCACAGUCGCUGCGUGAACACGCUCACCGGCUCCGUGACGUCGCAGGUGUGCCGGACCGUGGCGACCGGGCGGUACUCGUUCUACUGGGGCCACCAUUGUGGUGCGUUCUCUAUCUGCCUUGCAGACGCCUUCCCAAAUCCGCACUACAACUUCCGCAGCUUCGACGAUAUAGGGCACGCGAUGCUGUCGGUGUUUCAGAUCAUGACGUUCCAGGGCUGGAGCAGGCUGCUGCAGGAGACGAACGACGCGGUGGCGGUGAUGGCGUUUCUGUACUACUACUUCACCAUUCUUAUCUGCACGUGGAUCGUGCCGUCCCUCUACGCCGGUGUCUUCCUCGAGAAGAUCGAAAAGACCAGCCGACUGUUUGCCCUAAAGCAGCUGGACUUCUUCGAUCGUAUGUUGACAGAGCAGCGCCAACGCAUGUCGACCAUGGUGCGCCUGGGCGACUACGUCCAGCGCGACGAGAACGGCCUCGUGUCCUGCUACCCAGCCUACACGGCGCAGGAGAAGGACCGCAAACACCUGACCAACGACGACGACACGGCCAGAGGCAGCACAGGUGACCACCACAAAUACGCGCACAGGAGAAAGAGCCACCGCCGUGCGAUUCAGGCGAUGAAGUGGACGGACGAGCAGCGCAUUCAGCUGCAGCUGGCCCUCACACGUCAGCGCGACGUCGCCGAGGAGGCCGAACGCAAGCGCGGGCUACAGCAGGCUUCCCUCGGUGACCCUAUUGUUGAAGAUGAUGGAGCCAGAAUACAGCAAGGUGCGGGGAAGCAAGGCGCCUCUCUGGCCAGGGCAGCGCAGAGCGAGAUAUCCCCGCAGUCCUCCAAGGGCUGCAAUGACUUUGCGCUCGGCGGUCGUGUUGGUGCCGUGCAGCAUCACCCCGCUGUCUACGCCAUUGGCAACUCCCACCAGUCUGACCUUCCCUUCGCGGUUCGGCAAGAGGUGCAAGCGGAGCAGCUGCGCUUUCUGGACCCGUACACCAACGGAGCGAGUACCGCGAAGAACGACAUGUACAACUCCGCCACCGCUUUGCACACCCCCAUGGAGAAGUCGCGCACCAGCAUGCCCAGUGGUGGCGCGGAGAGAGCUGUCGUCUCGCACAGUCACUCCGCGAGCAAUGCGCGGCCCUUACCCAGGGCACCAUCGACGCAGUCGAUGAGUGUCGUGGUGGCCCGCGAGACCGCCGGCGUGGUGCCGAACCGACGCGCGAUGCCGGUGCAUGGCUCGCUGUCACGUGCGUCCAGCAUGCACAGUCGAAGCUCUCUAAGCCGCCUGCACGCCUCGAUGACGCAGGUACCGGAGAAGGAACAGGUGGAGUACGUCAUCAACGACCCCGAAGGCGGCGAUUUUCACUACGCCAAGACGCUUGCGCAGAAGGUCAGCAUCAUUCGCAACAUCGCCCACAUGUUCACGGAAGGCUAUCCUCGCAUCAUCUCGCAGUACCUCUGGGAGCACCGCAUGAUGCAGCACCGCUACGGGCUCGUGCCGCUGUCCUACACGAAUAAGUACGAGGAAGAGGCUCUGCAUCGGCUACGUCAACGGCGCGCACGGGAGCGCGCCGAGGAGCGGGAGGAGCUGCGCCGCAACGGCAUGGGACACCUGAUCGAUGACGACGACGAUGACGAUGCACAGGUGGAAAAGCCGUGGAUGCGCAAGGAGGGGCUGGUGGCGGGGAGCAUGUCACUCAUCCGCAUGGCGCGCAACAUCCGAGAGAACGCGCCGAUCACCGUCUUCAACUACCUCAUGUACUUUUUCAUCAUUGCCAACGCCGUCUUCAACGCGACGCGCUUCGACACGAUGCCAGACUACUGGGAGACAGGCUUAUUCGUUGCGGGCGUCUGUUUCUCGGUGCUGUUCAUGCUGGAGCUGCUCAUUCGCCUACUUGCCCUUGGCCCCGGUCCCUUCUUCACGGACGUGCUGAUCCUGAUCGAAACUACUUUUAUGAUCAUCUCACUUUUUCAGCUUGGCUUCAGCAGGGCAAACACCGCGUCGCUGUUCAACUGGGUGCGUUUCCUGCGCCUUUUCCGCGUUAUACCGUGCCGCCCGCUGCGCCGCGUCACGCGGGUGCUCAUCCACGGCUUUCCCGACAUGGUGUAUGCCCUUCUCUUCUUCACGCUUUACAUGCUAAUGUGGCUGCUUCUGGGCAUGAGCCUCUUCGGCAGUCGUCUAGGGCGGAUCGACUACAACACGAGCGACUACACCACCCGCGCGACGUUUUUGACCUUCUCGCACGCCGCAUACGCCGUGGCGCAGGCCUUCUCGGUGAACAGGGAUGAGUGGCUCUUUCUCUCGUGGUCCGGUGCGCGGGUGCGUGGGGGCUACACAGUCCUCUACUUCAUCGCUACCGUCGUCGUCGCCUUCAUCUUCCGCUUUUUCUUUAUUGCGGUCAUGACGUACGCAUGGCAGGCGCAGCAGGAGCAGGAGGACUACUGCUUCAUGUCGGGCAGCAGUCACGGCCGUCGAGGAUUCCGCAGUCGCUUCGCGCGGCUGCCCUUCUUCGACUUCACCGUAUGGCGCUCCUUCAAGCACAUUCACGGCGGAUUUGACCGGCGUGACGUGGCGCCAGACGAGAUCUACUUCGUGAAUGAAGACAUGGCACGCCAGCUGCGCCUUGUGGAAGCUAAGGACCGAUACUACCGCGAGAACUAUCGUCAGGAGAAAGGCGAGUGGGGCGACAUGGACAAAGACAGCCACAUGGAUGGCUCGGACGUGUACGGUUCAGACGGUGCACUCGUCAACGGCCCGCGGUACGUCAACAUUGGCGGUCGUCUGUACCGCCAGCCGAGCCUGCCAGCGACGGAGAUGGGCUUCUCGGAGAAGGCAACACCGUCGGAUCGUGGUCAACUUCGCUUUGCACGACGCUACCACGCCGUACCAGUAACCACUUAUGCCUCCGCGCAGCAGUCGCAGCAGCCGGCGAGUGCGCACGACGCGUUGCCGGAGGGGGUGGAGGGAAGUCUACCCCCGUCGCGGCACAGCCGACGGAGCAUGGUCAAUCCGCUCUUGACCUUUCGCCACAGCCUCUCCCCAGCGUACCAAUGCACGAGCAUGAGCGCCCCCAGCGUGACUCGUGUGGCGGACUCCCUCGCAGAGGAGCGGACAAACAAUGCGAACAUUAGUCUGGUACCGCGGCUGACCAAGCUGGGCAAUGCCCGCGCCAUCGUUGCCGAAGCAGACGGGGAGACAACCGCCGGCUACAGCACCCCUGAAGACGUCAUAUCAGAGAGCGACUUCGAGCACCUACUCCUGCCCGGCCCCCGCCUACGCUACCAGAGCACCGUGGAUGACGGACGUCGUGUAUUCGAAACUUGUCUGGACUGCAACACGCACAUGCAGAUGCCGCUGCGUGCGCCGCCAGGUGUGGCGCAGCGCACGGCUGCGCAACUGCACGCUGAGCACUGCCACAUGGCGGCAGUGCGUAGCUCGCAGCAGCUGGUGCUAAACGCCCUGAUGGGGUACGCCAGGAUGCAGGCCGAGCACGAGGUGACACCCACCAAGCAGAUGGUGGAGGUGGUCCUGGGGCAGGCCUGGAGCUGCGGCAUGCUGCUCUUCGACACGAUUGAGAACCUGUCUUGCAUGGACCUGCCAGAGAAGGAGCGAAUGUGGGACCGCAUGUUGGAGGCGCUCGAACUGCAACAGUGGCUGCUGGGACUGCACGUCGGUGAGGAGCAGGUCGGCCGCGCCACGCUGGCCUACAUCCUGGCGCACCAGCAGCGACAGGAAGUGCAGGUGCAGGAGAAGAGCUAUAAGAAUAACUGGGCGGACCGCGCCUUCUUCCUGCUCUCGCCGUCGAACCCGGUGCGGCGGGCGGUGUCGGCUGUGGUUUGUUCGAUUUGGUUUGAGAUUGCCGUCCUGUGUGUCAUCUAUGCCGCCUCCGUCUGUUUGGCUUUCUAUACGCCGAGCGAUGGCAAUCGCGACUUUGGCGGCAGCUACAACAGCGCCAAGUACAAGGCGCUGCACGUCCUCGACAACAUCUUCUCUAUCCUCUUCGUAGUGGAGAUGGUGCUGAGGUGGAUCAGCAUGGGAGUCGUGCUGCCGGUCGGCCGCGCGUACUUCUGGCACCUGUGGAACAUCUUCGACUUCUUCAUUGUGAUCAUCUCUCUGGUGUCAUGGGGCAGGUCGGACAUCUUCUUACGGUACCUAAAGGUGAUGCGGUGCUUCCGCAUUUUGGGCCCGCUGCGGUACUGGAAGUGGGGCAGCAACAGCAUGUCGUACGUGGCACGAACCAUCUGGGACAGCAUUCCAACCCUGGCGAAUGUGUGCCUCUUGAUGCUGAUGAACUACAUUGUGUGGGCCAUCCUCUUUGUCUCCAUCUUCAUGAACAAGUUGAACUACUGCAGUAAUACCACCAUCGUGAGCGCCACACAGUGCGUCGAGGCGGGGUACACGUGGGCACCAACUCAGCGGAACUUCCGCAACUUCUACGAGAGCCUGCUAACCACCUUCGAAAUCAGCACUGGAGCGGAGUGGCUAGAUGUCAUCUACAGCGCCGUCGACUCCCACUCCACGGUGCUGUCACCGGUGAUGAACCGACACCAGUAUCUUGGCCUGAUCUUUAUCGCCUACUACUAUGUGUCGCACUUCAUCUUGUUCACGCUGUUCAUCUCGGCAGUGAUGUACUGCUACAUGCUUGCCAAGAGCGCCACGGUGGAUGCGACAGGAACGACGAUUGAACACCAGGUCUGGCUGCGCGUUCAGGGUAUGAUCUUGCGGCUGAAACCAAAGCCGCGGCUUCUGCCCUUGAGCAACCGAGUAUCCCGCCUGGUGCAUGCCUUGAUUUUGAAUCGCUGCUUCGAGGCGUUCAUGGGGCUCAUUCUUGUCUUCAACAUGGUGACGAUGUCGCUCGAGUGGUACCACAUGAGCAACACGCAGAGAAUCGCGCUCGACGUGUUUCAGUAUAUCUGGGUUGGCAUCUUCACUGUUGAGGUCAUUCUGCGUUUCACCGCGCACGGGCUGCGCCUCUUCACGCGCUGGGCCUACUGCUGGGAUCUUCUGAUCGUGAUCCUCUCCUACAUUCAAAUCGGCCUCAAUACCACGGUUACCAACCAGGUGCCGUUCAACGUGAAUGUGCUGCGCCUGCUGCGAGUGGGACGUGUGCUGCACCUGAUUCACCUCGUGCUGCCCUUUUCAACCCAUCUCACUCUCUUCUACGAGGUGCUGAAGGCGUCGGUACCGGGGCUCAUCAGCGUCACGUUCGUGUACAUCAUCGCCGUAUACGUCUUUGCGAUAUUAGGCUUGCACUUCUUGGGCUACGUCGUACCCUUUGGCGGCUUUAUCGAUGAUAAGUAUAACAACUUUGCCAACUUUGCGAACGCGAUCAUCAUGGUGUUCCGGCUAUCCACCUUGCAAGACUGGGCAACGAUGCUGCGAGGCAGCUUGGACCGCGGCCACUACUGCACCCGCCCCAGCAAGCGAUGCGGACCAACGAACUGGGCACCGGUGUACUACAUCCCCAUCGUCAUCUGCUUCUUCCUCCUCCUCAGCACCCUGUACAUAGCAGUCGUGCUGGACAAGUACAUCGCAGCAGUGCGCAUGCUCUCUGCCGUCACUCGUCUCGACGACCUCCGCCGCUUUUGCCGCCUAUGGUCGAAGAGAGAUCCGAACGGCACCAUGUGGCUGCCAAGCGCGCUGCUGCCGGAGCUAUUGGAGGAGCUACGUCUGCCGCUGGGUGUCAGUGACCGCCGCAACCGCAUCGAGGUACUGAGGCUGCUGCGGGAGUACAACAUCCCCAGCCACAACGGCCGCGUUUACUACUACGAAGUACUGAUGCCGCUGGCACGGCGCGUGAUGGCCAUCGCAUUCCUGGAUGCGGGUGACGCGCACACGGCCGGGAGCGAGGGUCCGAGAGGCAUUGCCUGGCACCUGUGGGAGCGUUCGCUCGAAGCGCUGCCGGCCUCCUACAACAAGGUGCAGCCAAGCAGCGUUACCGUAGCUGAACAGUACGCAGUCACCCUCCUGCAGGCUGCUUUUCGCCGGGACCGCGCGAUGCGCAACUACUUCAUUGCAAAGUCCGAGCUGUGGCGCCGAGGCAGGGCGCUCUGCGUCGAACGGGGGCUGUCGUAUGACAACUUCGGAUUUGGGAAGACAGCGCUAGCCGGUCCAGACCCGCGCGAGGAGGGCAUCCACCGCGGCUUCAACAUUCCAAAGGAUGCCACUCUCGCUAACUCAUCCGGUGGCCGCGUGUACGCAGACCCCGUGGCGGCCCGCAUCUCCGCGAUGCGCGAGGCCAUAGGCUCCCAGAAGCGCGCCACGGAUGAGGAGCCUCCAACGUUGCUACCGGCGGUCUACCGUUCUGCAAUUUACCCCGAAGAGCGGCGCUUUGGCCCUAACGCCCCUGGCGCUAUCCGCCGCCAUGAGCGCCGCGACGAGAAGCUGGGACGGAAGAGGGCGCAGGAGGCAUACGAGAGACAGCUGUGCGAGCGCAGCAUGGGGGGUAGUCCCGGACGCACGCUUGCCGAGUACAACGAGGAUGACACCUUCACUGCAGACGACGUGGACGUGGGCGUCACGCUAUCCAAGGGCACUAUGGAGUCGCAUCCCGCGCCCCGUGGAAGUCAAUACAAUCUAAAUUCAAAGGACGUAAACUAUCAGCCUCCUCUCGGCACAAGUCCGGAGGAGCUGCGGCAGGAAGAGGUGGUCCGUCGCCUCAACGCAGCCGCCACUGCCGCAACGGCUUCGGAGCGGCUCGGUGGCAUCUCAUCCCCCACCAAUUCCACGCAGCAGUAA